UGUUUCUCCAUUUGUCCAAGGCUCUCGCACUCAUCCCGAACAGCUCAGCACUCUCUCUCUCUCAAGGAAGCAUGCUGUCGCUGAACAAAAGCUGCAUUCUGAGAAUCGGUGGGAGAAGUAGAGAGUGGCGGUGGCGCCCUAGGGAUACUGCGGUGGUGGUGCGGUGCUGCGGCGGUGCAGGAGAGGGGAACGGAAGGGGCAUUUCGAUGGAGAGGUCGACGGAGGAGCGCAGAGAAGAAGGGGAUUCAGUGCUGGAUCUAGAUCCAAAAUCUGGGGUCGCCGGAGGCGUUCAGGACGUCUAUGGAGAGGAUCAGGCGACGGAGGAGCAAUUCAUUACUCCAUGGACCGUCUCUGUCGCCAGUGGUUACUCUUUGUUGAGAGAUCCCCAUCAUAAUAAAGGGCUUGCCUUCAGUGAGAAAGAAAGAGAUGCGCACUACUUAAGAGGACUCUUACCUCCCGUAUGCAUCAGUCAGGAGCUUCAGGAAAAGAAACUUAUUCACAAUCUUCGUCAGUAUCAAGUUCCACUGCAGCGAUACAUGGCAAUGAUGGAUCUUCAGGUGAGAAAUGAGAAGCUUUUCUACAAACUUCUUAUUGAGAACGUUGAAGAGUUGUUACCUGUUGUUUAUACACCAACUGUUGGGGAGGCUUGUCAGAAAUACGGUGGUAUCUUUAGGCGUCCACAAGGUCUUUACAUCAGCUUGAAGGAAAAGGGUAAGAUCUUAGAAGUGUUGAAGAACUGGCCUGAGAGGAGAAUUCAGGUUAUUGUGGUCACUGAUGGUGAGCGUAUAUUGGGCCUUGGAGACCUUGGUUGCCAGGGAAUGGGGAUUCCUGUUGGCAAACUCUCUCUUUAUUCUGCUCUUGGAGGAAUUCGUCCAUCUGCUUGCUUACCUAUCACCAUUGAUGUGGGGACAAAUAAUGAGCAAUUACUGAAGGAUGAGUUCUAUAUUGGAUUGAGGCAGAGGCGUGCCACUGGGAAGGAAUAUUCUGAACUGCUCCAUGAAUUCAUGCGAGCUGUUAAGCAAAAUUAUGGGGAAAAAGUUCUCAUUCAGUUUGAAGACUUCGCUAAUCAUAACGCAUUUGAAUUGCUUGCAAAGUAUGGAACCACUCAUCUUGUGUUUAAUGAUGAUAUUCAGGGGACCGCUUCUGUGGUACUUGCUGGAGUUGUUGCGGCAUUGAAGUUAGUUGGUGGGACGAUAACAGAACAUACAUUCUUAUUUUUCGGUGCUGGCGAGGCUGGUACUGGUAUAGCUGAACUUAUAGCACUGGAGAUGUCUAAACAGACUAAGGCUCCUGUGGAAGAGACUCGAAAGAAGAUUUGGCUUGUGGAUUCGAAGGGACUGAUAGUGAAAUCACGCAUGGAAUCACUUCAACACUUCAAGAAACCUUGGGCACAUGAGCAUGAGCCUGUUGGUAGUCUCUUGGAUGCUGUCAAGACUAUUAAACCAACAGUUCUAAUAGGAUCAGCUGGUGUGGGCAAGACAUUCACAAAGGAGGUCGUUGAAGCAAUGGCCUCCUUCAAUGAGAAGCCCGUCAUUCUAGCUCUAUCAAAUCCAACAUCUCAGUCUGAAUGUACAGCCGAGGAGGCUUACACUUGGAGUAAGGGCCGCGCCUUGUUUGCCAGCGGUAGUCCUUUUGAUCCUGUUGAACAUAAUGGCAAGAUAUAUUUGCCUGGCCAGGCAAACAAUGCCUAUAUUUUCCCAGGUAUUGGGCUUGGGUUGGUGAUAUCUGGAGCAAUUCGUGUCCAUGAUGAAAUGUUGCUUGCUGCUUCGGAGGCUUUGGCCCAACAGGUUACCCAGGAGAACUUGGAUGAAGGUUUAAUCUAUCCUCCCUUCAAAAACAUAAGAAAGAUAUCUGCUCAGAUUGCAGCUAAUGUAGCUGCGAAAGCCUAUGAGCUUGGCUUGGCUAGUCAUCUCCCACGCCCAGCUGACCUUGUGAAAUAUGCAGAGAGCUGCAUGUACAGCCCAGUGUAUCGUAGUUAUCGCUGAAUUCACAGUAUCUGGAUCUUUUUGUACAGAAUCUUCAUGUAAGUGUUCUUCUGAGUGGUUUUAGUUGUCACUACAUUGUAGUUCAAACUCAAAGAUCUCUGAUAGGGGAUUAAUUAUUCUGUGUGGAUACCAGGCAUUGUCCGGAGGUCAAUCAGAACACGCCACAUCACUUUUUUUGUUGGGUACCGGGUCCGGGUGACGUGACUCGUUCAUAUUAGCCUCCGAAUCGUCCGGUAUCCGCACAGAAUAAUUUCUCUUUAUAGGGACAAGCCUUUUCUUAUUAUGUAUCACUGAUUAAUGUUGUACUUAUUUCACUACAUUGUGAUUGGAACCAAUAAAGAAACUGAUGUUAUUGUUAA